AUGCUUCAAAUCACGAAUCAAGAGAAAUUGGAUUCUUUAAUUGCAGUUCAGCGUCCAUACCAAUGCGAUUUCUGCUUCAAAUCAUUCUACAGAUUGGAGCAUAAAGUACGUCAUGUCAGAACCCACACCGGAGAGAAGCCCCACAUGUGUACCUUUCCACAAUGUGAUAAAAGGUUCGCUCGUUCCGAUGAAUUGAGUAGACACAUGCGUGUACACAGUGCUCCGCCUACUGUCCUGUUGCAACGACGUAGAAAAAUCCGUAGAUUCCAGAAAACAAAGUCCAGAUCAAAAGAUGAUGAGGAGGCAUAUUUGAAGCAACAACAACAUUGCUCCAUCCUGCGGUUCAUUCAUCCUUCCGCUGCCGCCGCCGCUGCUGCUUCUAGCGCCAUCGAUACCGCUUUAUCUACUGAUCCAAUUUCUGAUGCUAACAAGACAACAACAACAACAAACAAAAGUCGCACUAGUCCUUACAAACAAUCACCAAGUACUAAAUUAAAUCAUUGCCCGGCACCUACAUGCUUCAAGUCAUUUUGGCGUAAAGGACAGCUAUCCCGACAUUUACAAAAACAACAUAAUAUAACAUCAUUCUGUAACAUUGAUAGCAUGGAGAUGGUCGAUACGGCAGCAGCAACUACUCCUUUCACAUCAGCAUCUACAUACACUAGUAGCUCGGAGGAAGAUGUGCCUAGCCCUCCAUCUCUCCACGAUUUCAAUAGCAUCACUGAAGAGAUCUACUUACCACCACUGGACGAUACUACCAUGUUGGCAAUGGAUUAUCGAUUGCCCUCUAUCAAAUCGCUAUUACAUUUCGCUGCACAAACACCUCAAGGCAAUCAGUAA